CCCUUUACCGCCUUUGGCACCCUUCUUUUGGCGCUCUCUGCUCGCACCCGGGCAUGUACAUUGACCUCACCCGACCCAGCCGUCGGUGUUACGUUCGAGUUCCCCUAUUUUAUACACCUGGAAAACUGUACUCUCUUUGAACCAUAUCUUUUCCAAAUCUGGAAUCGGAGUGGUGACAUUAACACGAUGUUGGAGGAUUGGCCCGUUGGUUCGAAUCCUCUCCAGGAUGUGGAUCCCUGAAUACAUAUACGAACCUGUACUUCGUUGUGAAAGA